GCUGUGGAGCACUUGAUGAGAAGGGUCGAGGCUCUGGAUUCACGUGUCAACGACAACAUCGAUAAAACCGAUGCAGUAAUAACGAAACUGAGGACCUUGGACCUGAAAUUGUUCCACGCACAGCCACCACUUCCGCCAGAAGCGCUGGGACACAGUGCGAGAUCGAUAGACAGUAGUACCGGUAAUGAGGACGAGGAUCCUGUUCCCGUGAUUCGUCUGAUCCACCACGACGCACCGAACCCAGAAUACCUCGGUGAUAAACUCCUAUCUCUGGAUCAAAAGGUCUCUGACAUUGACGACAAACUCGUGAAUCUGAAGAAUCAGCUUGACAACAAUUUCCUCCCAAGUGACGACAUAAAUGCCGAAGCGAGUGAGAAAAAGCCCAUAAGCAUGAAUGUCAUAGAAAUAACUAAAGCAAUGAGCAACGAAGUGAUGAAUCACGUGUCAAUAGAGAUUGAGAAUUUACGUCAGGCGACGGGUAAUGUAGAUAGGAAGCUUCAAUUUCACAUGAAUUUGGUGGCUGACACUUUGGGAACUGUUUACACGCUUACCCGAGACAUUCACGAGGCGAUUGUUGACAAGAGCCAACUUUCAAACCAAAAUCAGACGACAACGAGCACUCAACCGCCUCAGGUUACCAGGAAGAGUAAGAUCGAUCGACUUGUCGAGAAGAUUCAUCCCAUGCUAACUGUUUCGGAGAAGAUGGACCAGGUUUGGAAUGUUGUUGUGGGUACCAAGAGCUCAGUUGAUCAUCUCCUGCCGAAGUCGGAUGCAUUGCUGACGCAGACACAACGCCAGGAGAGAGCGAUUAAUGAGAUAGGCGCGGAUCUCAGAUCCAAGACUAACAAGAUAAUUGAGAAUCUCGAGGGAGUGGAAAGUAGACUCAAGAAGCAGGAAGAUGACGUGGCCAAUCUCGCCCAGCGGCCGAUACCAGCUGAAUUGUUGUUGGAUCCUACGAUUGAUCGGCUCGUUGAGUAUGAUCCAAGUCGUUACAUUGCUCUGAACGAAGAAUACACAACAGAGACCCCACCCCCAUCCACCACAACAACACCAUUACCAACAACCUCGUCACUUCAGGCGUCGUCGUCCGCUAAUCCACCUGCCACCAGUCCCAUGACUACGUCAUCUACCUCAUCGACCUCAACACAAAGCCCCGGUAUUUCAUCCCAGCGGUCAGCAACACGCAAUCGGGGUGUCAUAUUUCCCAGUGUGAAGAACAAACCCAGCCCCGCGAAUUCCACAUUCACUACUGACUCGGUGCUUGUUAAUUACAAGGACAUCAGGGGAUACUCAUGUGUAGAUUUGCUCAAUGCAGGGAUGAGAGAGAGUGGUGUGUACUAUCUUCAAAUACGGGGAACAACCUACUGGUUCCUGAAGGUCUUCUGCGAGCAGGAAAUCGCUGAGGGAGGAUGGACGGUAAUUCAAAGACGUGAUGAUUUUGGAGAACCGAGAGAAAACUUCAAUCGAGACUGGGCAGACUAUAAAAAUGGAUUUGGUGACCCUGCCAGAGAAUUCUGGCUUGGAAAUGAAAAUAUUUACAUGUUAACUAAUAACGAGGAUUAUUCGUUGAGAGUUGAACUGGAAGAUUUCGAAGGAAAUAAGAGGUACGCUCAGUACUCUCACUUUAAAAUAUACUCCGAAGGGGAGUACUACAAACUGGAGAUUGAUGGAUACGAGGGCAAUGCUGGUGACUCACUGAAUGACCCCUGGUAUGGCUCCAACAACAGUCCCUUCUCCACUUACAAUAGAGAUAACGAUCGAUCAUCAUUGAACUGUGCAUCGAUGCUCAAGGGCGGUUGGUGGUGGAAAUCGUGUGGAAGAGGACUCAACGGUCUCUACCUCCACGAUCCUCAAGAUCUAACGGCUCGGCAAGGAAUCGUUUGGUUUCGCUGGAGAGGAUGGGACUACACCCUGAAGAAGGCGACAAUGAUGAUAAAACCCAGAAGCCUAGUAUCAACCUCACAAUCACAAUCAUAAAUAAAUAAUUCUUCAGAAUCAGGCGGACAAACUGAGAAUCGAAAACCUUUAAAAUUUUGAGAUUAUCUCUUCUCCGAAACUGCCAUGACGAAUUGCCUAGAAUUUUACGAUCAAAAUUUAUUGAAGAGGAGUACGAAGACUAUGCAGUAUUUUCAUGUCGAUCGAUCAAAUAAUUCUUAGAGCAGCCUCUCCUCUUCUUGAUGCUCCACUCAAACAAAUCGCAAUGAUAGGGAACUUGCAUGCAGAUUAUUUUUUCCUAAUUCCCUUAUUUAUACAUUCUUCAGAGUUGAAAAGCGAAAAUAUGAUGAAGAAUGGCUCACAUAAUUUAUAAAAAUUGAUUAAAUGUUAUUCGUUCUUGAGAUUAACUUGAUCAUGACGUCACAAAUACGGAGUAGUAAUUCUCCAUUGGCCGAGUAGGAGUCGUAUUUACAGAUUAGGUUAGUUUAGCGCGAAUGCAUUCUGUGAUUGGUUUAGCGUUCGUAUCGG